AUGAGUGGAAGAGGUAGGAUGCCUGAAGCUAGCGCGGCUAGUGGAAGGACCUCGCCUAUCUCUAAUACUCAAGAUACAUUGGAUGAGGAUGAGAGCUUUUGCUCGAAUCUUAAUCUAAGGUUGAGCACGAAUGCGAGUGCGCUUGGAACAAGUGUAGAUCUCGAGGAGAAUAUAACUAGCAUUAGGGAACUUAUGGAGUACAUAGACAGUGAUAUGGAUCCUGGUAAAAGACUUAGUAAGAUUGGAAGAGAGGGCUUCAAAACCCGAGUUAUGACAGUUGCGUUGGAACUGGCUAAUUUGGCAGGCCAGAAUAAAAUUUUAAAAGAAGAGAUGGAAAGAUUGAGGAAAGAGGCAAAAGUAGAGAAAACAUCGUAUGCUAAAGUGACGGCGCAACCCGCAAUGGUAGCAAGAACGGAUACUGAAAAGAAAAUCGCAAUGCGUGGAGAGGACAACACCCUCUUCAUAACGUGCGAUAAGGCAACAACAGGAAAAAAAGGGCAAGAGGAGUUGACCAAAGUUUUGAAUCCUAGGACAUCCAGAGUUCGUAUCAAUAGAAUGAAAGCAACAGGUAAAGCGCUCAUUAUAGAAGCAGCCAGCAAAGAGGACCUUGAAAAGAUAAAAAAUCACGAUCAAGUAAAGAAACACUUUAAAUGCGAAUUACCUCGUAAACGAAAGCCACUUGUCAUUAUCUAUGAUGUGUCUAGUUCAGCCAAAGAGGAGGACGUAAUUGAAGACAUACGUUCUCAGAACUUCGAAAACAUGACAGAGGAACAGUUUGCAGAAGGGUUCAAAAUCCGAUUCAAAACAGGUCCAAGGGGUAGAGCAACUGUACACUAUGUAGCAGAAGUCUCCCCUGAUAUUAGGAAUAGAUUGAUACGAAACAGGAUACACAUUGGAUUCUCAGCGGUCAACGCCAAGGACUACAUAGUAGUGGCAAAAUGCAUGAAGUGCCAAGAUUUAGGCCAUGUGGCCAAACAUUGCACAAAAGAGAUGGCUUGCGGCCAUUGCGGGAAUGCGCAUGAAUGCAAGAAUUGCGACAAAACUGGACAGGCAAAGAUUUGUAUACCUUGCAAAAGCAGAGGUAAAGCAAACUGUGGCAAAGAGCAGAGAGAUUGUCCAACUUACAAGAUGUUAGUGGAUCGUUUGAUCCAAAAAACUGAUUAUGGUAGUUAA